AUGUUUAGCAAGCCUCGACCCGUGCCUUCGAAGGCCGCCCUCAAAUUCCUGUACCAGCUCGCGUACAUCUCUUCCGGAACUGCUGUCGGCGUGGCAACACUGUGCGCGGAGGAGCGGCGGAGGAGGACACACAUUGUGCAGAAGAUAGCGGACAAUGCAAAGAGGCUCAGGCAGAGUCCCAGGCACGUGCAUAAUGUGGCGGUGCUGACGGAGCAGGAUGAAGACCAGGACUGGGAGCAGCAGGCUCAGGUCCACAUGAGGUAUACCGAAGGAACGUCACGCUCACGGGAACGGCAACGGGAACGAUACAGUUCUCUUCGCGAUCGAUCUGCGCAUGCGCCAGAGCUGCCGUCGUAUGUCGAGAGGGGCUAUGGGCAGCUUGUGGAGACAGACUAUAAACGCACGAGGAGGCGUGCGAUGGAUGCUCGGUCAGGAACUACCGUGCAGUCUGAGGAGAGAACGCGGCGUCGAAGGGAGGCCAGUAGCGCAACGCCUGCUCCGCCAGGAAAGGAUGCCAGGACACUGGAUAUCAGGGCCUCAAAAGACCAUCGUGCUACCACAACAACUGUCUCAUCGCGAGACCUGUUGAAGGACAAGGUACGGUUCGCUCUCAACAGAGCACCACUUGCUGCGGCCCGACCUGCCUCUGUCGCGUCCGAAGGAGACCAUGCCAUUGCAGAGCAUUCGAGAGAUCAGGGUGCUCUGAAGUCUGCUGCUGAAAGGCGAGGUCCACUGUUGGAAGGAGGGAUCGCGCAAGCACUUAGCAAAGUUCCGUCGUCUGCGGAAACGUCGACGGACCAAUCGCCUGAACAUCAAGAGCAUGCUCAGCCGGCCAUAGAGAGAGACACGCCUCCCGCAGGAUUACACAACAGGAAGGAAGGUGGAUCGGCAGAAGACACUCGUGUGCACCAGGACUCUUCCAAGAAUGGCAAUAGCAGUCCGUCUGCGCGCAAGAGAGACCAGAUCGCGAAGCAUAAGAUCUUGGCAAGCGACGACCUAUUCGCAAUACGGUCACUGCUUCAAUCCGAGGGCCCACUCCUCUUGUUAACCGCAGAAGGAUUUCAGGCGAUCUGUGAGAAGGCUCGGACUUUGGCGCCUCGCAAUGAUCCGGACGAGCUUGUUCAGGUGUACACACAAAUCUUCAAGACUUCAGCCGUUCAGCGACUGUCGCAGACUGACCAAUUACACUGCGCGUUCAUCGUGCUCGUACAGGUCGUUGGCUCGGGCAUAGAACUUCGACAGGGCAUCAUUAGUCCGUUGCUGAGAACGAUGCUGUCACCUAAAGAGAAGUCCGAUGUGCUGGGUGAAGCACUACUUAGGUUCUGUGAAGGACUCGUGGAGCAAUCUCGUGCAGGCGAUGCUUGUGAGCUCAUCCGAGCCUGUCGGAGCUGGAGCAAAGAGCAGACCCAGUACUUUCAGCCCGAGGACAGAGUCUCGUGGGCUCUUCUGGACUCUGGAUCUCUUGAUAGAUGCGCCAAAAUGCUGAGGCCCCGACUUGUUGGUCGACACGUGGAUCGAUUCUUGCCGCACAUAGAGCGUCUCGCGCUAUUGUGCCAUCAAGCUCGAUCAUAUCGACCCCUUAUCAUUAUGCUGAACAACAAACUUCUUUAUACUGUUCCUGAGAGUUUCAAGGAGCUCAGCGGCGAGGCUCGGCUUGCGAUAGCCAUAGCCUGCACGACCUCGGGAGUUCUGAUUCGCGAGAGGGUGCUUGACUCAGCUUACUGUAUGGUGCCAGAGCCCAUGCGCCGUGCGGUCGAUGAAGCACGUACGUGUACAGAGCUCCGUGAGAGGUGGAAAAGCACGCAUGACUUCGACCUUGUGUGGGUGCGCUACAUCUCAGCGAAGAAGUUCGCGGCUCUGCGGCAGUUGGGCGAGGACAUACUGCGCAAUCUAGAAUUGACCAUGGUCGAAAUUUGCAAUAGUGCUAAUAGACCGGAUCGCGCUCUGGAGCUUCUGACCGGUCUAAGUGCAGACUCGUCACACUCGCCUCACAGCCUAGGUCUCACAGCUGUUGCUCUUGCAAAGAAGAAAGCCUGGUCACAACUUCACGAUUUCCUUGGCUUGCUCGAAAAGUCGCGGGCCCUCAUUUCCACCAAUACUGCGAACAGAGCUCUCAACAAUGUUAUCCACCUCUAUUCGAGGAGUCAUACCGCAGCCGACACUUGGAAAUUUGUCACCGGCAUGAUUAAGAAUCUCAACUUCGGACCCAGCAGGUCGACAUCAACUAUCAUGCUUCAGUGCUUCGUUUCGAAGCAGCAGCUCGAAUAUGUGCCUCGGUGGCUUCGACUUUUGAAGACACUAGGACACACAACCCAGAUGGAUCCUUGGAUGGCAGCGGAUCUGUUGAAAUGCUAUUAUCUCGAGCGACGUCCACCGCAUGUCCUGUUUACGGGGCUCUGUCGCGACCUCAUCCACCGCAUUCCAUCUGUCGAAACCGAAGACUUGCAAAAUGUGGUCAAAGAGUCUAUCAGCUACGAUCUCAGGAAGCUCGAUGCGCAAGAUAAGCCAAAGUUACAAGAAAAGGCUAGAACGAACAUGUCACUCCUUUCUGACAACGGCAUUUCCACAGCAGCUAUGCGAGCGGAGUUGCUCGCCAGCGGUGGUCCCUCUCCGCUCAAAUAUACAGGCGCAAGCAGGCCGACUACGCAGAUUGGAGCGAGUCAGAUUGACCACCUUCCGGUCCCGAUCACCGAUGUUGCUGAGCUGAAGAGCCAUAUUCCGUACAGCGCCGCCACUACGGCAUCACAUACCUUCUAUGAUAACGCCUAUGAUGAUAACGCCUUCGGCUUGCGUGAUCAACGAAGGGAAGCUGAGCUCGCUGCUGAGGAAAGAAUGCAGCAGCUAAUGGAGGACAUCAAUGCCGAUGACACAGAGACAAAUCUUUCAGCCAACUCGAAUCCUGCAUCAAUAAUUGUUGGACCAGAGGGCCUUGAUGACAGGCUUUUGACCGCGCCGACUGGCGCAACCUCUAUCGGUAGCACAGGCGACCCUGCCCUCGAGUCGCAUCGAGUAUUUGAACACGACGCAGCUGGCGAGAUGGAUGAUGGCCAGGCGAAAGAUCACCUGGACUAUGCACACAACCAGAGACUUCAGCAGCGACUUAUGCGGGAUAUGGUCGCGUCUUUCUCACUGCAACACUAUCGAAGUGUCAUCGACCUCUACCACGAAUCUACGGGCAUUAAGAAUUUACCUGCGACGCCGAAAGCCCUUGAGAUAUCAGUGGAAGCCAGUCUGCGGUCUCAACGUGGCAAUCCUGCAGAGGCUACGGCCAUGAUAACUGCCGCUCGCGACGCCGGUUUGAAUGUCACUUGUGCAACGGGACCGAUGUUGCUUCAUCAAAUGUGGCAUCUAGACCUUGACGAUCAGAGAAAUGCAAAUCUACUUCGCGUGGCCGUGACUGACUGGUAUCGUACAAACGCAGAGAAUGGGUGGCCCGUAUCACAUCACGUGGGUGUUACCGCGGCCAACAUCCUGGUCAACAAGGGCAGACCGGAGCACGGCAUCAGCAUCCUCAACAGUAUCUACCACUCCGAGUGGGCGCAAGAACGUGAUUUCGACAUUGCGCCAAUGAGUGUGUACCUCAGAGGCUACGCAGCCCUGGGCUCAGACAAAGGGUUGCAAUGGACAUUGUCAACCGUGAUGAGGAAAGAUAUUCGCAUAGACCGGAAGUUUCUGGUCACUUUACAGAGAGCGAGAGAAAUCUAUGGCGAGCUUCUCAGGCGGAGGCCGGAACUCCGCGGGAGCAUGAAUAUGCUUGCAGCACUUCGACGGUGGAGGAGUGUUUUUAGCGAACGUCGCGAACGGCAACGAAUCGACACGAAGCUGUUUGGCAGGAGGCUCAGAGACGUGAUCGUAGACUGCAUGGAGCUCUCAAGAGAGCCAGUCGGGGAAUCGGAUGUGAGGCUUAUGCUCGAAACGGAAACGCCAUCAAGUACGCCACCUCACGAGACUAAAAGUCAAGGUCCGCGAUGGUGA